AGUCCGGGGUAAUCGGCUCGAACAAGGGAGGAGCUCCUGGCGAGGGCGGUGGGGGAGGGCUGCUGGCGGGGUCUUCCCCAGGUUUCGGCCCUCGCGGUCGCCAUGGCAACCGUGCGGGAGCUGCAGAGUGAGGGCUACAGGGAAGCCGGGCAGAUGUGCGCAUGCGCCAUCAGGGCUGGGGGGUUCCCCUUUAGCACCGCGGGGGUGACGAGGACAAAGGGACCGGCGCGCUGCUGUAGAGAAGAGCCGGGUCAGCCCUGCACGGUUUGCCACACCUGUUAUACCAACACCUAGUGGAGGCAGGAGAAUUAGGAGUUCAAGGCCAACGUGGGCUCCGUGAGCCCUUGUGAAAAAAAUAAAAAAUAGAUCACGCGGCAUAAAGCCUGCAGCCAUAAUUUGGCUCCCCCUACUCCUCAUUUCCCCCUCCCCCUGCAACUCUCCAUCCUCAACCAUCUCCCCAGUCUCUCCCCUUUCCCACUUCUCUUCCCCGGGUCUCGAGCCUCUCCCAAAUCCUGGUGCCAUAAUUCCAGCCCAGAGUGUAUGGGCAAAGACGUGGCGCCCUCGCGUAGCUCUGCGCUGUUCAACCCGGUGUCUGGCCCCGGGGCUGCGCCUUUGGUGUCCUCCAGGACCCAGGGCCCACCCAGUGCCUCUCUGUCCGCAUCACUCAGAGGUGCGUGGCAGUGUCCAGAGGGACAGUCUCCUGUCGUAACCGCAGUGCCACUCUCUUUAGGGUGCAGACGCCUUCCUUGCGCCUUUGUCCUUAGUACAAAGCUUUCGUCCAUCCUUUGUAGAGAGAGCGUGUGACACACGAGGCUAUGGGAACAAUGAGUCGCAAGAAAGGUCAGGUCUCAGCGGUCACCCUGAACACACACUGUAUUCGGUCCCCAGCGGCGGGGCAGCCCCACUGAAGUUACUGAAGUUUUGGGGAUGCCCUGCAGAAGUCAUUAAGGACUUCUGUGCUGGGUCCAAAGGUCCUUCUGAAGUAUCUGUGCACAGCCCCCCUUCUCUGGCACCUUUAUUUGAGGUGGACUCGCCCUAAUUGCAGCUUUCUUCCGGCUCCCUAAGAGUCUUUAGGCUCCUCUUUCUCCUUGGGAAGGAGAUGAAUGUAUCAAGAAUGGAGGGAGUCGGUGACCUGAAACCCGGGCGAGGUGGCCAGUAGGGACGCCUGUCGGGGAUCACCUUCAGGUUGUGAAUGAGAGGUGAGAGUAGUUGGCACACGGCAGAGCUGGUCAAAGAGUCCAGAUGCUCCCGAAGCUGGCCCGGUUCUGAGGGACGCUGGGUUUGGUCAGGGGUCACCCAGAGGGUCUGUGAAAGACUAUGGGGCUGGGAAAAGUCCAGUUGGUCUCCUCGCUUGCAAGGAGAGACAGGAGAGACGUGCGGGACAGGAAUGUGACCUGUCACCAGGCUGUCAAGGUGUUUCAUGAGGCAGGGAUUGUAGUGAGUCUAAGAAUCGCGGGUCGAGGACUCCACUCAGGGCGAUAUAAGGUUCAGGGUUCCCCACAACGAAGGGAAUCCUUUGUCGUCCCUCCCUCGAGCUCUGUUCUGCAGACCCAGAAGUCCUCCUUUCUGUCUUGUUUCUCACCGCCCGCCCGCGGCUCCGCGGUGGGAGGGGCGCUCGCAACCCGCGCCGGUCGCGGGUGCAUCCCAGCCCCGCCCGUCCGAGGAAUCCCCGGCCACCGCGGGAGCGCGGCGCUGCUCACGAAGUGCUGCGGGGCUGGGGGACUGGCGAGGGGGGACGGCUAUUUUUAGAACAUAUGGAAGAAAAAAUACAAAAACAAAAAUAACAACAACAAAAAUGAUGGAAACUCUUAAAGGCCUCCAGACUCCCAGGAGGAAAUCCCCCUGUCUCAGACCGUGGCAGAAGGACCUUCCAGCCUGGGCCGCGUCAUCAGCUGCUGGAGUCUCCCGGCGUCUCUCCCUCUCGACCCUUCCCUGCCCCAGGCUCAGCUUCUCGCUGGAGUGCAUUUCCCUGUGGGAGGCGACAGCUGCUGCACCUGACUGGGUUGAAGGACAAGGAUCCCUGGUCUUUGUCGCAGCCUCAGUUUCCCCGUCUGAAAACUGCGCGCGUAAAGCCAGCGGACACCAAGGAUCGCCCCAGCCCUUGGCGUGUCCUCGGUCACUGUCCUCGGCCUCGGCGGGGAGCGCGCUGGGUGCCGCCGCGGAGGGGACACCUGACCGUCCCCAGCGGGCCGCGCGGGUGGGGGGUCCGCGCUGCAGCGGCGCGCGCACCUCUGUUCCCACGCCCUUGCCCGUCUGCUUACUCACUUGGUUUUGCUCUCGGGCCGGGACGCAGGGACUCCAGCAGCUGCGGCUGGAGACUACUGGUGUGGAGAAGAGCCAAGGGCAGGGCCAUCCCACGUCUGAGGGCAACUUCAAGACACGGAAGAGCAGCGGCCUCAGGUUGGUGGUUUCCAGAGCCCCUUGGACCCCAGGGUCCAUUCAGAAGCUCUGCUGCGGAACCAUGCUGGGCCCCAAAGGGCCUGCUGCACGCCCAGCCCACGGAGGCAGGUGGCCAUGAGUAGCCACAGCCACAAUGGCAGCGUGGGGCAGCCUCUGGGCAGCGGGCCUGGAUUCCUGGGCUGGGAGCCUGUGGACCCUGAGGCAGGCCGCCCCCUGCAGCCCACCCAAGGCCCAGGCCUGCAGAUGGUGGCCAAGGGUCAGCCUGUCAGGCUGUCACCCGGUGGUUCCAGGGGCCACCCCCAGGAGCAGGAGGAGGAAGAGGAAGAGGAGGAGGAGGAGGAGGACAAGACAGGCUCAGGGAAGCCCCCAACAGUCAGCCACCGCCUGGGACACCGCAGGGCCCUCUUUGAAAAGCGUAAACGGCUCAGUGACUAUGCGCUCAUCUUUGGCAUGUUUGGGAUUGUCGUCAUGGUGACAGAAACAGAGCUGUCCUGGGGUGUAUACACCAAGGAGUCACUCUGCUCUUUUGCUCUGAAAUGCCUCAUCAGCCUGUCCACUGUCAUCUUGCUUGGCCUUGUCAUCCUGUACCACGCCCGAGAGAUCCAGCUGUUCUUGGUGGACAAUGGUGCCGACGACUGGCGUAUCGCCAUGACGUGGGAGCGCGUGUCCCUGAUCUCGCUGGAGUUGGUCGUGUGUGCCAUCCACCCGGUGCCCGGCCACUAUCGCUUCACGUGGACGGCACGACUGGCCUUCUCUCUGGUGCCGUCGGCAGCCGAGGCAGACCUGGAUGUGCUGCUGUCCAUCCCCAUGUUCCUGCGCCUCUACCUGCUGGCUCGGGUCAUGCUCCUGCACAGCCGCAUCUUCACCGAUGCAUCCAGCCGCAGCAUCGGGGCCCUUAACCGCGUCACCUUCAACACACGCUUCGUCACCAAGACGCUCAUGACCAUCUGCCCCGGCACUGUGUUGUUGGUCUUCAGCGUCUCCUCCUGGAUCGUUGCUGCGUGGACAGUGCGCGUGUGUGAGAGGUACCACGAUAAGCAGGAAGUGACCAGCAACUUCCUGGGAGCCAUGUGGCUCAUCUCCAUCACCUUCUUGUCCAUUGGCUAUGGAGACAUGGUGCCGCAUACCUACUGUGGGAAGGGUGUGUGUCUGCUCACUGGCAUCAUGGGAGCAGGCUGCACUGCACUCGUGGUGGCCGUCGUGGCUCGGAAGUUGGAACUCACCAAGGCUGAGAAACACGUGCACAACUUCAUGAUGGACACACAGCUCACCAAGCGGGUCAAAAAUGCUGCUGCAAACGUUCUCAGGGAGACAUGGCUCAUCUACAAACACACCAGGCUGGUGAAGAAGCCAGACCAAGGCCGGGUUCGGAAACACCAGCGUAAGUUCCUUCAGGCCAUCCAUCAGGCUCAGAAGCUCCGAAGUGUGAAGAUUGAACAAGGGAAGGUGAACGAUCAGGCCAACACGCUGGCUGAGCUGGCCAAGGCACAGAGCAUCGCAUAUGAGGUGGUGUCAGAGCUGCAGGCCCAGCAGGAGGAGUUGGAGGCACGCCUAGCCGCCUUGGAGAGCCGACUGGAUGUCCUGGGUGCCUCCCUGCAGGCUCUACCAGGCCUUAUAGCCCAAGCCAUAUGCCCUCUACCACCACCCUGGCCUGGGCCUGGUCACCUGGCCACAGCCACCCAGAGCCCACAAAGCCACUGGCUGCCCACCAUGGGAUCAGACUGUGGGUGAUGGCUGCUGACCGCUAGACUGCUCCAUCUCAGCCAUCGUGUGGCCACAGCUAGCUCCUUGCCGUUUUGGACCUCCGGACUACUGCAUUUAGAAGCUUGGGUGAACUGAGCCGACUGGACUGGCACUCAUCCUUCUGAGGCUGGGCCACAGGAUCCAGGUCCCCUUAGCUGUCCCAGGCCCCAGGAGGGCAAGGAGUAGUAGCAGGGGCCUCAACAUUUCUAAGUAAAUCAGGAGCUUCCAGCCCGCUUUCUGUUGACAUGCAGGGGGCUGCAAACAUCUCCCCAGAGGAGGUAGAUGACCCCACCUGGGGAUUCCUUAAUGGACGGGGACAGACGUGGAAAGUCACUGCACAUGCAUUGAGUAUCUACUGUAUACAGGGACUGAAACAAUGGCUUUUCUUCAGGAUCUAUCUAACUGGAGUAAGAUACAAACAAAUGAGAAUUCAGAGAGGUGAGGCCACUUGCCUGUAGCCACACAGCAAUGGUCUGAGGCAAACACACUUGUUAAACAGCAUAAGCGGAUAGAUUCUACUUGGGGAUCCUGAUGUCAAAGUAAGGACACACGGGAGGGUGAGAGGCCAGGGUUACAGACGAGCAGAGUCACCACGGUCACUUCAGACCUUAGGCUUCAGACUUUGGGUACUUGGGGAACACUGAGACACCUCACAGGCAUGGGCGGCUUAUCAAGAGCAGCCUAAGUCACAGUGUCCUCUGAUCAGACUUUCAGCCACCUGUCUUGGGAGAUAGUGGACCUGUGUGGGAACCCAGAGGCCCAGUUUGGAUUCUAUAAGUUUGUGGGGUGGAGCUCUGGGGUGGACCUGGGCAGGCUUUAUUCCCCUGCUGCUGUGGGAAACAGGCCUAACCCAACCCCCACACGGGUCAGACAGUAGGUGCUCAAUAAAUACCCCCUCCUUCCUAAGACUGCCCAUGAGGGCUUGGGAAACAUGGACCCAUCCUGCCCCUUCUGAGCCCAGUAUUAGCUCCUGUCCAUCAGGAAGGGGACUGAGAUCAAAACAGGUCCAGAAGAAAUAAACAAGGCAGGUCAAUGUGACACAUGCCUUUAUUCCUAACACCUAGGAGGCAAAGGCAGGUGGGUUGCAGUGUAUACAGUGUAAGACGUGGGGUGGCACAGAAAUAAACAAGGCUGUAGGUGACUUGG